GCUGUCCUCCCGUGUUUGUGUGGUCGAUCAAGGAUUUCUGACCAUCACAAUGAACUUGAGCUGCUAUCCAAGUUGACGAUAUCGUUGAUUGUCCGGCCCCGGAUCCUCAGCCGUCGGACAGGAGCCGUCAUAACUCGCAUUUCCGCAACGGAGAACGGUAGAGACCCGUAUUCUGCGUGAUUUAGUCCAUCACAGCAGUGCCAACACUGCUGCUUCGUUUGCUGUCCAAUAGGGUCCAAUCGCAGGGUAGCAUCGUGAUAACAGUCCAGUCAGAGCUCACAUCGAUGCCUCGGGUAGCCAACCGUACCACUGGCAGGUAGCCAUUAUAAAGUGGGGAUCAGCAGACUGCGCUGUCUUGAAACAAAGCAUCGCGGCGCGUCUUCGCCCUUUCCACUUGAACGAUGUCAGCACCCUCGGCGAAAUAUGUGCAGCUUGGAAAGAGCGGUCUGCGUAUCUCCGUCCCCAUUGUCGGCGCUGCGAGCUACGGGAACCCCAAAUGGGCGGCGACAGAGGAGUCAACACAAUGGGUGCUGGACGAGGAGCGCGCCCUGCCCAUCCUCAAGGCUGCAUGGGAUCGUGGGAUCAACACUAUUGAUACCGCCAACGUGUACUCGAACGGCGACUCGGAGCGCGUCAUUGCCAAGUUCAUUGAAAAGUACCAAAUUCCCCGUGACGAAAUAUUCAUCCUCACCAAGUGCUAUGGCCUCACUGCGAAGGGCGCGGACCACGAUAUCUUCACACACUCGCAUAUCCCGGUUUGGCGCCAGCGCAGGGAGUACGUCAACUGGAUGGGCCUCUCCCGCGCGGCCAUCUUCAACGCCGUCGAGGAAUCGCUCGCGCGGCUCAAUACGUCCUACAUCGACCUCUACCAGAUCCACCGCUUUGACCCGGACACGCCACCGGAGGAGACGAUGAAGGCGCUUCACGACCUCGUCGAAGCUGGCAAGGUGCGCUACAUUGGCGCAAGCUCGAUGCGCGCCUGGCAGUUCGCGCUUCUCAACGAGGUCGCCGAGCGGCACGGCUGGACGAAGUUCGUCAGCAUGCAGAGUGAAUAUUCGUUGCUCUAUCGCGAGGAUGAACGCGAGAUGAUAGCGUACUGCAAGUACCAUGGCAUCGGCCUGAUUCCCUGGUCGCCCUUGUCCGGCGGCGCGCUCGCCCGUCCCCUCAAUGCCGAGGAUACCCCCCGCUGGAAGUCCUUCAAUGCUUAUGGGGUCAACACACAACACGAGAUUGACGCCGAGAUCAUCAAGCGGGUCGAUGAGGUCGCAAAGAAGCGCGGCUGGGCUAUGUCUCAGGUCGCACUCGCAUGGGUUGCGCGCACCGUAGACAGCCCUAUCGUCGGCUUCAACUCGAUCAAGCGCGUUGAUCAGGGCAUCGUAGAUGGUGAGCUGACCGACGAGGAAGCCAGAUAUUUGGAAGAGCCCUAUGUGCCGAAGCCCGUUCGAGGCCACCCUUAAAAGGAAGGAUGUUAGUGGCGCAUUUCUACGUGACUUCAGCGGAUGGCUCUUUGUUUUCAUAUGUAAAUUUGUACGUGAUUAGGUAGUGUCAAAGCUUUGGCCAAAGGGAAUUACGUAGUUGGUCCUCUGUCAUAAGUGCUUCAAAGAUUUAGCAAGGCCAA